AUGAAGGGUCGCCCUGAACGAAAAACGUCUCUCUUGACUUCCUUGCAGCCCGAUGACAACAUAGAACACCUGGCAAUGAUGGAGCGAUUACUGGGGCCUUUGCCAGAUCAAAUGAUAAAGAGAGUUGUUUCUUCAAAGAAGAAGUAUUUCUGUAAUGGCCGUCUGGCCUGGGAUGAAGGCAGUGCGUCUGGGCAAUAUGUCUCGGGGUGCUGUAAACCCCUGAAGGAAUACAUGACGUGCCACGAUUCUGACCAUGAGAAUCUGUUUGAUCUGAUUGGGAAGAUGCUGGAGUAUGACCCAGCCACGCGCAUUACUAUGGAAGAAGCACUGGAACAUCCUUUCUUCCUCCCACUGAAGCAGGAAAAUAGCGCAUAGCCUCCUACAGCUGAUGCAGAUGAACUUCUCUGUCUGCCUGUUAAGAAACGGAAACUCUGUGAAGUGGCGAUUGUUUGUUUGUGUAUCUUAGGUAUUUAAUUAUUGAUGCUGAAUUCAAAUGCGUCUGUUGGAAUAAAAUUUAUUUAAGGAAAAGACAGUGAUGAGCCCGGUUGUGUUUCCCCAGUAAAACAACAUCUCAGGACACUUUUAUCGUGUGGAUGAGAGCACCCUCUACUCUAUAUAUUUGUUAAUUUUUGGUGGGGUACUCUGGUCACCAGUAUUCCUGGCAAUGGUCAUUGCUGGCAUACAGUAGUAGAGACGUCUCUCUUCUUGCAGCUCUUUCUUGGAUUACAAGCUGUCCUGAGCCUCUCCAUUAAGGACUCAAAGAAGGCUGAUAGGCUUGUUUAGGGAGCCAAAUUGGGGGAUUAUGUCUCAAAGAUUGUCAAAAGCUGCUGCCAGGUUGUAACACAAGAGCCAAGGAAACCACAAAGUCAGCAAAUCAGCACUCCACAGAAGUUCGGCAGAGGGAGGAGGUGGCGUGUGGUCGUGUCAUGUAGACACGAGCUGGAGACACUGAGUAGCACCGCGCAAGCGCAGGUGGGUGAAGAUGUGCAGGCCGUGUGGUACACGACAACCCAAACUGGGAAGAAGUAUAAAAUGACCCACCAAAAAGCCCCUCUGACCAGCACUGACUCUUUGUGGGACCCCCGAGAUGCCAAGCUUUGAAGACUCUGCAAACACAUUGUGGUGACUAUUCUUGCGACGCUCUCCUGAGCCCUUGCUUAACUUUCCAUCUUUGCUCCUCUCUUGCCUAUCACUGCAAGUCUCCUCUAAUUUUUCACGUGCUUCCUUUUUACAAGAAAGAAAGAUUUUUGAUGCACAGCCUCUGAAAUGUGUUCUGUCUCAAACUCACUCUGGGGAUUCCAAACAAAACCCUCCUGGCUUUGGUCUGGGACAUUUUUUUGGUGUCAGAAGUGGGAUCCCCGUGAAAUGAGAGCUCCAUACCUUUUCCUGAGAUAAGCAAAACCUCUCAGGAGUGUAAGGAGGAGUGGGACCAUGCCUCUUCAGAACUUUCGUGGUACCUUCUGAGGCGUCCAUUCCAAUUGUAUGAAUUGUCUGUUUGCUGUUGUUGUGAAUCGCACUGGUUGUCAAGUUGCAGUCUACGUCACACCUCUCGGGAAAGGAAAGGGUGUGGGUUGCUUUUACUUAUGCGCUGACUUUCCUGAGAAGUCUGCUCCCUGUCUUUCUUCCUCGAUGACAAGAUGUGUGAUAGCAGAAAUGCUCCUUGGGGAAAGGAAGUGCUGUUUGACUUUUUAGAGCAAUCUAAAUCGCGACUUGC